AUGUCCGAGGCGCAGACCGAGCGCGCGGACGCGCGAACGGCGACGCGGGAGGCGCAAACGCUUCGUCAUCCAGAGGGACAUCUUGAACGAGAGGCGACGACGGCGGCGACGACGGCGUGGGAAACGCACGUCGCGCCGGAUGGGCGAACGUAUUACUAUCACCCGGAGACGCGGCGGAGCACGUACGCGAAGCCGGAGGAGAUGAUGACGACGAUGGAGCGCGCGGAGGCGGCGACGCGGUGGCGAAAGUUUACGGCGCCGGCGGCGGACUCGACGGGAGCGAUGAAGACGUAUUGGGCACACGAGGACACGGGAGUGACGACGUGGGAGACGCCGAAGGAGAUUGAGGAGGUGAGGGAGAUCGUGCGGCGAGCGGAGGCGCGGGCGACGGGGCCGGGAGGUCGAGGAACGGGAGCGGGGCGCGCGGAGAGUCGAAACGAGAGCGGACGAGCGAGCGGCGAGGAUGCGGCGCCGUUUGCGAAGGAAUACGCGAGUAUGGAGGAAGCGAAACAGGCGUUUAAGAAGAUGCUCGCCGAGUACGGCGUUCGGGGAUCGACGAAGUGGGAUGAAGUGGUGAAUCGAGCUGGGGCGGAUGCGCGGUUUUCGGCGCUGCGGUCGACGGGGGAGAAGAAGCAGUGUUUGAAUGAGUAUCAGAUGGCGCAGGCGAAGAUCGAGCGCGAGGCGAAGAGAAUGGCGGAAAAGAAGGCGCGCGAGGCGUUUAGAGCGAUGCUCGAGGAGCACGGAGAAGCGUUGGGCUUGACGUCGAAUUCCAGAUUGUCGCGAGACGGAUCGCUGGAGCAGGCGCUGCGGGACGACGCGCGGUGGCGCGCGGUGACUGAUCAACGCGAACGUGCGGAAAUAUUUGAAGACUACACGCGAGAUUUACGUGUGCGCGAAAAACACGAGCGCGAGCACACGAAAACGAAGCGUGCUUCGGAGUUUAGGGAGUGUUUGAUCGAAGCUGGCGCGACGUCAGAGAUGACGUGGCGAAAGAUUUAUGAAGUCGUCAAGGACGACCCGCGAUGCGAGCGAUGCGAACCUUUGGCUCGUUUGGAUGUGUUCGAAAGCAUAGUGCGUGAUUUGGCUCGCGCAGAGAGGGCCAAACUCGAAGUCGAGCGCAAGGCCAAAGCGCGCGAAGAGCGCAAGCGUCGCGAAGACUUUGUUGCGCUGCUCGCCGAGUCGCAAGCCGACGGCAUCAUAACGCCACGGAUGCCGUGGAAGUCGUUCGUGAAGCGCAUCGAGAACGACGAGCGAUACGUCAGAUUGUGUCAAAACCUCGAUGGAUCGCGACCGCGCGAGUUAUUUGAGGAUUUAAUCGACGAGAUCGAGGGCGAGAUUGAUCGAAAGUUGGACGAUUUUGAAGACUUGCUGCGCGACGGAUACAAGGCGCGCGAGUUGCACGGCAACACGACGUGGGAAAAGGCGGAGAAGCUGUACAGACACGACAAGGCUUGGAAGCAAGCGCCUCGGGACGAGGCGCGUAAGCUGUUUGUGAAGUUUAUCGCGAAAGUUUUCCGGCGUGAGCAAGAGAAAGAGCGCCGUAAGCGCGAGGGCAUUCGCAGCGAGGACGACGCGGACAGGCCGUCGUCGCGCAAAAAGUCUCGUCGCGAUCGUAGCGCGAGUCGAUGA